UUUCUUCAGCUUCUCUAAUUCAUCCUCCUCUGCUCUCACUCAUUGUUUGCUGCCACCUCCCGCCGCCCGCCGGUAUCUUUUUACUCCGAAAUUCCAUCUCCGAACUCUCAUUGCCCUCUUUCUUUUGGCUACCAGAUUGGGUUUUCAAAAAAUCCCUAAAAAGGCUAGAUCUACGGCCCAAGUCGCGGCUUCCACCUCCCAAAAAGGAUCUAUUUCCUCCGCUCCAAUCGAAAUCCACUCCUAGGUUUGUUGAGAGGGAGAGAGAAUUUAUUUGGAAAUUGUGAGAUAUUUUUUAUUGUUGUUCAUAAGAUGGGUGAAAAGAAUGAUAGUGGUGGUGGUAGUAUUGCUUGCAAACUAGGGACUUCUAUCUUACAUCAGGAUAAAGGAAGUAAGAACAAGAGAAAAUUAGAUGAUCCUUCUUUAGAGAAUCCGGUUAUGGUUCCUUUGUCCAUGAGUGAAUUCGCUUCUUACGCAUUACCUCUGGAGAUAUUCAGAGGCCCUGUACUUGGACCAUUGGAGGUAGAAUCCUCUAUGGGAUCUCUUAGUGAAGUUUUUGAACCUGCUGAUUGGGAUGAUCCAAUUGCUUGUCAACUUGAGGAAUUACUGUUAUCUAAUUUGCAAAUGAUUUUCCAGAACGCUAUUAAAAAGAUUGUUGAGUGUGGAUUUAAGGAAGAUGUUGCGGAAAAGGCCAUUUCGAGGCAUGGUCUCUAUCAAGGGGGUAAAGAUCUUGUGUCGAAUGUUGUGAAUGAUGCUAUUGCUUCCUUGAAGAAAGGGAUAGAAGGUGAUAUUUCAAUUCAUCUGUUCGAGGAUUUGCAGCAGCUAGUGGUGUAUACAAUGCUGGAGAUGAUUAGUGUGCUUAGAGAGGUUAAACCAUGUCUAUCUAUUGCAGAAGCAAUGUGGUGGUUGUUAAUGUUUGAUCUAAACAUUUCCGUGGCAUGUGAAGUGGAAGGAGAUAUUUUGCGUAAUUUAGGUUGUGUGGAAGUCUCUGGAGAGAGCUCCUCUGAUUCUAACCCCAAGUCGAGAGCGGGAACUCAAAAUCCCGAAACUAAACUUUCAAUCUCGAAUCAGUCCAAUGGUUCAAAACCUUCAUUGUCCUCUGAAGCACUCAAAUUUGGAAGUUUCCCUAAUUUACCUAAACCCAAAAGUCCUCUUCCUUAUGAAGGGAUGACACCAGAGAAAGAAUUUUUGGUCUCUAGGAGUGUUUCUGGAGAUUAUGUCCCGGUUGCAUCUAUCUCUGAAGAGAAAACAGGGACUGGUAGAAAGGGGCGCUCCAAAAAGGAACUAGCUGCAAUCCGGAAAAAAUCCUUCAAUAUGGAAAUUAACAGGGCGGCCUAUUGGAAAAGUUUUAGAGCUGUGAAACUAGCUGCCUCUGGCAGUUCUGUUGUUGAAAAGAGAAUGAAGUCUCCAUCUGAAUUACCAUCUGUGCAUAUGAAAGAUUCUUCACCAAAUGUAGUUAUGGAAGCUGGAGCUUUAGCUGAUGAAAGUCAUCAUGUGGCAGAUGAUUCUUCAACAUUGAAGGGUACUAAAUCUACAGUUCCAACUGCAAAUACUGGGCUUGCACCUUCAUUGUCUUUGGAAAAUAAACCUGUUCCAAAAUCUAAAGGAGGAACCUCAAAAUCUUCUAAGACACCUGAACAAGAUGCAGGAAAGAAACCCGCUCCAAAGGCCAAAGGCAGCACUUCUAUGUCUUCUAAGUCAAUCGAUUACUGUGCUGGAAUUCCAUAUGAUGAAUCUCUAGGAAAAUACAUCCCACAAAAUGAGAAGGAUGAAAUGAUUUUGAAGCUUGUUCCAAGGAUAGAGGAACUGCAGAAUGAACUAGAUAGUUGGACUCAAUGGACCAAUCAGAAGGUCAUGCAGGCUGCUCGAAGGCUUAGCAAGGACCAAGCUGAACUUAAAUCACUGAGGCAAGAGAAGGAAGAAGUAGAACAGCUCAAAAGGGAAAAGGAAAUCAUGGAGGAGAAUACCAUGAAGAGGCUGUCUGAAAUGGAGUUUGCGUUGAAUAACGCAACUAGUCAGGUUGAGGAUGCUAACAAUACUGUUCAGAAGCUUGAGGUGGAGCAUUCUAUGCUGAAGAUGGAGAUGGAGGUUGCUAAAUCACAAGCUAUUGCUUCAGCUGUAAGUUGUCGAGAGGCAUUGGAGAGAGAACAAAAGGCACUUAAGGAUAUUCAGUCAUGGGAAGGACAGAGGAGCUUGCUUCAGGAGGAGCUUGCUUCGGAGAAGCAGAAGGCAACAGAGCUGCAAAGGAAAGUAGGCAAGGCUAAAAAUAUCUACAGCCAAAUUGAGAUGACAUGGAAAGAGGAGAGGAUGGCAAAGGAGAAGUUCUUUGCUCAGGCUGCCUCCAUUAGGAAGGAAAGAGAAAGUCUUGAAGCUGUAGCAAAAGUGGAGGAGGAUAAGAUUAAGCUGAAAGCUGAAAAAGAUAUGAAGAAAUAUGGAGAGGAGAUAAAAAUGCUUGAGAACAAGUUAUCCAAGUUGAAGAUGAAGCUGGAUUCUUCAAAAAUAGCAGCACUUUGGGGUUGCAUCGAUGGUGGAAAUGGCCAGUGCUCUUCUGUCAACGAGGGGUAUCAUAGUCCAAGUUUCUCUAAAAGGGUGGUUGACAUUAAUGAUUAUUCAGGGAGCAGAGGUCUGAAACAGGAGCGGGAGUGCGUCAUGUGCUUAUCAGAAGAGAAGAUAGUGGUAUUUCUUCCAUGUGCUCAUCAGGUCCUAUGUGUUAAAUGCAAUGAGCUCCAUGAGAAACAACGGAUGAAGGACUGUCCUGCUUGUAGGACCAUGAUCAGUAACCGCAUAUGUGCACGUCUUGCUAAGCCACAUGCUAUAGCUCGCUGAACCAUUUUGCUCGACUAAGACCAGUGAGUUGAUGGUAGAUAGGUGAAAAAGGAGCUCUGAGAAGUCCCUUCAAACCUCAUGUGCCUUUUGUUUUUGUUUUGGGGUCUUUGGAGUAGUUUAUACAAGUAGUUUAAAAGUAUGAAAAAGAUAAAAAUAGAAGAGAAAGUUUUUAUAGCUCACAACCAUCUAAUAAAGGUUGUUUCUUUUCCAUAUAAUGAUAUAAUAUAUGAUUUAGAUCUA